AUGCCCGAUCAUACCAUCCACGUCGUCAAGAACUUCGGUCGCAAACAGAAAUAUGCCAUUAUUCCGUGCCCGCCCAUGAUGACAUUCCCAGACAACAAGAAGCACGAGGGGGGUGUCUUGUCUGGCACGCAAAGGAACUCGAGGCCGGACAAACGUGGGACACAUCAACCACAAAUUAAGCCUAGCCAAGGGGUUGGAACUACCGCUCAGAAGCCCAAUUUUGGGGUGAAGGUCGCGUCAGUGGAUGUGAAAGACGCUGAUCCCGGUACUCCCACGACGCCUGCGAGCACUUUCGGCUUGACCAAAAACGAAAAGGGCAACCCGGUAAUGACUGAAAAAGAAAAAACAGCACCGAUGGACAUGGUCCGGUUUGAUUUCAGUAGUGACCUUUCUCCAUCAAAUAAUAAACACAUUGUGUUUGGAAUGGCCAAGGGGAACAGAUUGCCUGAUAAUAGUGUGGGUAAGAGGCCUUUUGCCUAUUAUCCGGCCCCCAGCGAUACGAAUGCAGUCAAAUUCGCCAUAAUGGCGCCCGUAAUUCAAUUGUGGGUGUGCGCGUAUGACGCCGAGGAAGGCGAAAUAGUAGAUUCCACCAAGGCAAUCCAGCAUGCGGGCCUGCUUCGGUUCCUGAAUACAGAUGGGGCUCUGCUCGCAAAUGUAGAACAUAAGCAAGACGGCACUUUUGAGAUCACUUAUUCAUAG